GCUGACCCAGGGAUGGAAAACGAGACAAGCAUCCAGACAAGUGCUCCUUCCUCAAGCCCCACGUCCCCUGAACGAGAUACUCUGUUGCAUCAUGCACCACGGUUUGGCACUGUUAUACCGAACCGAAUCUUUGUGGGAGGAAUAGAUAAUAAGACUAAUGAGAAUGAUCUUAGACGUUUCUUCUCUCAGUAUGGAACCGUGAAAGAAGUGAAGAUUGUUAUUGAUCGUGCUGGUGUGUCAAAGGGGUAUGGCUUUGUCACAUUUGAAACUCCAGAAGAUGCCCAGAAGAUUCUUCAAGAUGCUGACCAACUUUCUUUUCACGAUAAGAAACUCAACAUUGGUCAAGCUGUCCGCAAAAAGCAAGUGGGAGUUCCAUGUGGUACUGCAGUUCCUAACCACAACCCUGCUCUGGGCUUCCCAGGCCACUGUGGUACCAUGUACCUCACCACCCCCGCAGGCUACCCAUAUACCUACCAUAACGGUGUGGCCUACUUCAACCAGCCAGACAUCAGCCCUGCCAGUGCACACUGGCCUUCACGCACAGUGUCUGGAUCUCCCAUUAUGCUUACACAUCCCAGCCCUCAGAUCUACCCACAGUCAACUUGCCCCCUUUACCAGACUCCCACCCAGUGUGUAUCUGGACCCCUAACCUGGAAUUUCCCGCAAGUAGAGUCUCCUGUCCCCUCUAGCCCUGUGUUAUAUGUGCAGCCACCAGAGAUGCUGUACCACCCAAUGGAGCUGACCCCAGACAGUGGAUGUGCCCAACCAGCUCUGCCUUUAGUGGAGACUACCAUUCCUGAGCCCUACGUGGAUCACGUGGUGCAGCAGGCAUAUCAUCAGACUUACGUCCAGAACGCUACAGGAAUUCCUACAGUUAUCAUGCCUCAGGAGGGAGGAAAGGAACAGAGGUUUUACCCGAUGAGACGAGGGAUUCCUCACUCUGUUCACCUGAAAUCCAGGUAUAGUCGGAGCCCUCAUUAUGCUCACAUGCGGAAGAGCUACCGCCCUGACAUCUCAGAGCUCUCUCCCUCAGCUGUCACUCAAACUCUCAAGUAG